GAACAUGCACAGAACACACAACCUUUUCCGUUUAACGAAUUUGAGACAAAACAAAAUCGUAAAACUUUCAUUAAAGAAAAAGGAGAAAAAAUGGCAGAGGAAGGACAAGUCCUUGGUAUUCACACCGUUGAUGCUUGGAACGAGCAGCUUCAGAAAGGCAUUGAAACCAAAAAUUUGAUAGUCGUGGACUUCACUGCUUCUUGGUGUGGUCCCUGUCGGUUCAUUGCCCCAUUCUUGGCGGAAUUGGCAAAGAAACUACCCAAUGUUACCUUCCUGAAAGUGGAUGUGGAUGAAUUGAAGUCGGUCGCUACUGAUUGGGCUGUGGAGGCAAUGCCAACUUUCAAGUUCAUCAAGGAGGGUAAUAUCGUCGGUACAGUUGUAGGAGCCAAAAAGGAUGAGCUGCAGCAGGAAAUUGCUAAACACAUCGGUAGUGCAUCAGUCUAAUAUGCCUGAUUUCUACAUAGACGUAUAUGUACGCGUGUGUGUACACUCACUAAUAUACCUAUGUGGUGAGUUUAUCUUUGUAUCAGCAAGAACUAAUUUAAUUUCGAUCUUGUAAUGGGUUUUGGAUUUAUCAAGUUCUUGUGAGUAUAAAGUACAAUAUUUCCCUUGUA